AUGGGCGACUCCAUCACAAGUGCCCCACCAGAGAGCAGCAGCUUUAUUGAGGAUGUCACCGAGUAUUUCCGGGACACGGUGAGCAGAAAGGAUCUGCACCUUCUGCUGACUGAUGAUGAAGCCUGGGAGGGGUUUGUGGCUGAGGCUGAUUUGUCCAGGGAUGAGGCGGAUGCACUCCGUGAAGCUCUGAAGGAUCUUGCAACAGACACGAUCAUGGUGGACAAAGACAGGCUCCAAAAAGACCUGCGGGAGAGGGAGACGCUUUUGAACAAGUUUUUUCAGGUGAAACUGGAGCUCGAGGAGCGCAUAGGAAAGCUCCAUGCCCUUGCAGAUAAGAUUGACAAGGUCCACAGGGACUGCACAAUCUCCGAGGUGGUGGCCAGCUCCACUGGCAUUGCCUCUGGCAUCCUGACCAUCCUUGGCUUGACUUUGGCACCUGUGACAGCAGGAGUCAGUCUGGGACUCUCAGCAACUGGGUUGGGGCUGGGAGCAGCAGCUGCUGUGACCAGUGUUUCCACCCACAUUGUGGAACAAUCAAACACCUUGUUAGCAAAAGGCCAAGCCAGCAGCCUGUUGUCAACCAAGGUGAACAUGGCAGAGGUGGGGAAGGAGGCUGUGAAUGAGAACACGCCCAAAGUUAUUUCCUUAACCAAGAAUUGUUCCAAAGUCCUGAAAGACAUUGGGAAGAACAUCCGGGCCAUCAAGGUAGCCAAAGCCAGCCCUCACUUACUAGCCGAUGCCAAGUGCCUCAUGACCACUGGGAAGAUCUCUGCUCAAGGCGCUGAGCAGGUGCAGAAAGCUUUUGCAGGCACAGCUCUAGCAAUGACCAAAGGAGCACGGAUCGUGGGUGCAGUCACCACAGGAGUCGGGCUUCUGAUGGACCUGGUCAGCCUUGUGCAAAACUCCCAGCACUUGCAUGAGGGAGCAAAGGCGGAGUCGGCUGCAGAGCUGAGGCAGCAGGCCCAGGUGUUGGAGAAGCAGCUGGAGGAGCUCACCCGGUGCUAUGAGAGUUUGCAGCAGGGCCGGACCCAGUGA